AUGGUUCCAGAGGUCAAAGAAGCCAUGCAAUCUGAGCCCUCGAAGAAAUUCCAAACAAUGGCCUUCGGCUACGUGUUGUCUGAGAAAAAGGAGAAGGAAAAAUCCAAUGUCGAAGAACCGUCUUUUCGUGGUCCACGUCUUCUGUCCAAUGCUGACACUGGAGCAUCGUCCAGCUAUGGACCACGAGCUUCACGUUAUGCAACAUCAGCUCCGUAUCCCCACCCACCACCACUGCCUAGACCUGUUAGGAGGCAUCGCAGGACCCGGAGUCUCUAUGAUCCUGAGGAUUCACCCGACGACGAGGAUACCUCGGGAUCCCGAAGUUUUUACAAAAAGGAGGACAUGACUGACAUACUGAAAGUCAUGCUUUCGGGCAAGGUGUAUGGGUUCAGUCUCGGAGACUCGACUUGGGGAACUUUCUCGGUCUCUCGAGUUGGAAAACCCGAUUGGAACCUGAACGUAUGGGGACAACUUGUCAUGAAUGCGCGUCAGAAGGAACUACUGGAGAGCUUAACUCUGUCUCAUGGAAGGGAACAGUCUGGCUUUGAUGACAUUAUUAAGGGCAAAGGUAAAGGCUUGGUGGGCCUUCUAUUGGGUCCACCGGGUUUGCCACUGUACGUCAUGUCUUGUGGUGGGCUUGAAAGUUAUGCACAUGAGAUCAAUAGUUUGUUGAAAACGUAUCUCGAGCUUGCCUCAAGGCGGAAUGCUGUACUCCUGCUAGACGAAGCUGACGUUUAUCUUGCGAAGAGAAACGACAAUGACCUGGAAAGGAAUGCCAUUAUCUCCGUAUUUCCACGAGAGAUCGAGUAUUAUACUGGCAUUCUGAUCCUGACCACCAAUCGGGCUCAGUCUAUCGAUCCGGCCUUCCAAAGUCGUAUUCACUUCUGCCAUCACUACCAUCGCCACAAUACCUCCACUCGGAAAAAGAUUUGGAAAACAUUCGUGGAAGACUCCAGGAAGAAUCCUAGUAUCCAUAUCGAUAUUAGUGAAGAUGGGUUCGAUGAACUGGCCGCUCUCAACUUAAACGGUCGCGAAAUCAAGAAUACAAUGAGUCUCGCAGUAUCUCUGACUGCCAGCAAGCCUGGAGACAACCUAUUGCAAGCUGAAAGGAUUAUCGACAUCACCAAGCUUCUACAGAAUUUCAACUUUGUCGACGAGGAUGAACCUGAGGAUAAGGAAGAGGAGUAUCGCAACGACGAAACUUUACUAAACCUUCAAAUCGACUUGCCAUGUCAAGGGGUGACUGAGAACAUCCCAAAAAAAGUGAGAGAUCGUCGACCGCGCAAGAUUGGUAUACCCAAAAUCCAGAUACGCAAUCGCUCAACAGAGUCUUCGAAUACUGGCAUCGCGAACAGUGUUUGA